CAGUAUCCAGGCCGGCUGUUGUGGAGGCUGACGCGGAGUCGAGGGUCUGUUUGGCUGCGCGUUUCUAACAAAUCCGGGUACCGCCGGAAGGCGCUAAAUAGGUUCUGGGGUCCGAUACCUGGUCUGCCGGCGCGCGGGGUCCCUGAAGAGGGAGGGGGCGGGCCUCCCUGGACUCUAAUCGGCCUCUGUCUGCGUGCUCGAGUCGGCCUUUGCCCGCGUGUGCGCCGCCGGUCCGGAGCCCCUGUGAGGUCGCGCGUGCGGGGAUUGGAGUCGGGGUCUCGAUGUGCGGUGGCCCGCGGGCUCCGUGACGCCGUCCGGGGACUCCUGCCGCGCAAGUUCGAGGUGCUGCCGCCGGGUGUGGGCAGGGGUCCUGUGGCGGGGGAAGAGAGGGAGCGCGCUGACUUUGCCUUGUGUGCGCUCGGGUUGCCGCCCGGUCGAGGCCUGCGGGUCGAGGCCUGCGGGUCUUGCAGGUUGGAAACUCCGGAAAUCCCGUGGUCAUGAUCCUAAAGAAGUUGCUUUUUCCUAAGUCGCCAAGUGGAAGUUGGUCUUGAUUCCCGCUUCAUACGAAGCUCUGCCGUGUCAUUCAGAGGCAGAAGGAAUAGUUGUAAAAAGAGGAACGUAGACAGAUGAUUUAAAUCCUACCAUUUUCAUUUUUUAAAAGAUUAGGGUGUACAGAACGAUGGAGUAUAUGAAAGAAUCCGCCGACCGCAGCCCUGGACACAUAUAUUUUCAGCCACCAGGAACUUGGAUACAGUGUGCUUUAGAAUCUAGGGAACUUCUUGCUUUGUGUUUGAAAAAAAUCAAAGCCCCUCUGAGUAAGGUACGGCUUGUAGAUGCAGGCUUUGUUUGGACUGAGCCCCAUUCUAAGAGACUUAAAGUUAAACUGACUAUUCAGAAAGAGGUGAUGAAUGGUGCUAUCCUUCAGCAAGUGUUUGUGGUGGAUUAUGUUGUUCAGUCCCAAAUGUGUGGAGAUUGCCAUCGAGUAGAAGCUAAGGACUUCUGGAAGGCUGUGAUUCAAGUCAGGCAAAAGACUUUGCACAAAAAAACUUUCUACUAUCUGGAACAAUUGAUUCUGAAAUAUGGAAUGCAUCAGAAUACACUUCGUAUCAAAGAGAUUCAUGAUGGUUUGGAUUUCUAUUAUUCCUCAAAACAACAUGCACAGAAGAUGGUAGAAUUUCUUCAGUGUACAGUUCCCUGUAGAUACAAAGCAUCACAAAGACUGAUCUCUCAGGAUAUCCAUAGUAACACAUAUAAUUACAAAAGCACUUUUUCUGUGGAAAUUGUUCCAAUAUGCAAGGAUAAUGUUGUUUGUCUCUCUCCAAAACUGGCACAAAGUCUGGGAAAUAUGAACCAGAUUUGUGUGUGUAUUCGAGUAACCAGUGCCAUCCACCUCAUAGAUCCAAACACCCUACAAAUUGCAGAUAUUGAUGGGAGCACUUUCUGGAGUCAACCUUUCAAUAGUUUAUGCCAUCCCAAACAGCUAGAGGAGUUUAUUGUGAUGGAAUGCAGCAUAGUCCGAGAUUUAAAACGCAGUGCAGGUGCUGGAAUGAUAUCAAAAAAGCAUUCCCUUGGGGAAGUCUGGGUACAGAAAACAUCUGAAAUGAAUACCGAUAAACAGUAUUUUUGUCGCACUCAUUUGGGACACCUUCUAAAUCCUGGAGACCUUGUGUUGGGGUUUGAUUUGGCCAACAGUAACUUAAAUGAUGAACAUGUCAACAAAAUGAACUCUGAUAGAAUUCCAGAUGUGGUAUUAAUCAAGAAGAGCUAUGACCGUACCAAACGUCUGCGUCGUAGAAACUGGAAACUGAAAGAGCUUGCAAAAGAUAGAGAAAACGUUGAUACAGAUGAUGAAAGGCAAUACCAAGAUUUUCUUGAAGAUCUUGAAGAAGAUGAGGCAAUUAGAAAAAAUGUCAACAUUUACAGAGAUUCAACCAUCCCUGUGGAAAGUGACACAGAUGAUGAAGGAGCACCUCGAAUUAGUCUGGCUGAGAUGCUUGAAGACCUUCAUAUUUCCCAAGAUGCCACUGGUGAAGAAGGUGCAUCGAUGAUGACAUAAUGAGAUCAUGUUGUAGACUGUUUCUACAGCUGUGGGCUCAGAAAGUUGGACAAAGUAACCUAUACGGUCUAUUGCAUCCAUGCCUCCAGAUUGAGAGGGAGAUAUUUAGUUUUAAACCUGAAAAAACAUGACCAUUUUGAUUGCUCACUUGAAGCACUGAAAAAGAUUGAUGGCUUAGAAGUUUUAGAUAAUAAAAGAUUAUAGAGAAUAUAAUUAUUACUAAUAUUUAAGCCCUUUUUCAUGUGGAAUUUCAUCACUUUAUACAAGGCACUGUAGUAUUUCACAUACUGUAGUACUGGAUUUAAAAGUUUAAAAGUUGUGAUUCCUCGGAUAACUAAAUCUUCAAGCGCAAAGAAGUUUUUACAUUCUUUUUACAUUGAUUAUUUUAAUAAAAGCAUAUGCAAUAUUUAAUAUGAACUUGUUUUGCACUUUGAUCCAUUUUAGAUCAUUUUUAUGUCCUUGGGGUAGAGAAAUUGGGGUUCACCUUAUCACUGGAUGUUCAGGAAGAAAGUUAAUCUUUUUUAUUCAUAAAAUUAACAUCUUUUUUCUUUUUUUUUUCCUGACUGGUAAGGGGAUCGCAACCCUCGGCAUGGUGUUGUCUGUGCCACGAUAGGAUACAAACCCGUGGUCUCGGUGCUACCAGUACCGCACUCUUCCAAGUGAGCCACGGGGCCGGCCCCAUAAAAUUAACAUCUUUAAAAGCUGUUAAACUGAUAGUUAUCUUAAUUUUUAUUGCAGUAGGAAGAAGUAUAUUUAAAAUAUUUGUAUAUUUGUAACAAACAUAGAUUAGUUAUUUAAUGGUUAAAUAACAGUUUGUUCUUUUGUUGUUUUUGCCUGUGCCCACAGUUUAGGGUAGUAGCUGCUUAUGUCUUAAAAAUAUCUCCUUAUUACAUAAAGGAUUUUGUUUUUAAAAUUUUGUUUUAUAAAUUGAGAAGGAAGUAAUUUUUUCUGUUUUAUCAUUAUACAUAUCACCAUCAAAGAGAAUAUUAGAUUCCAGCAUGUACAUGAUAAAAGUAAUAAAAAUGAGGUAUAUGCUUUAUAAAACCAUGAAUUGCAUUUAAAUGAGAAAUGUCUCCCACAUCCUUGAAAGAAAAGCCUUGGCUUGGGUUAUAAAGUAUUCUGCGAAUGAACUGUAAGGAUCCUAUUUCUGUAAGCAAGAUCGUACUUGCUAAAUAUGCCACAACUGAGAGCUAAUUGAUUGAUUCUGUGCUUACCAUCAAAUAAACAGAUUGAGCAAGUGCCGAAUGGAACAUUUUCCUUUCUUUUUUAAGAUUGGACUCCCCAGUUUUGAAGUUAUCAAUAAAGGCCUGAACUUCCGAUGGUGGCCCUUUUUCUGUCUGCAGAUUCAGUUAAAGUUGUGGGUCUAAAAACCAUAACCUGUCCUUGGUGAUAGCCUAGUAGGGAUGGCUUGUUUUAGUUUUUCAGAGGUGAGUAUGGCCACAGCAAGUUCUCAGUUGUGGUCUGUGUUUACUUCUGAUAUGCCAGGAUU